ACUGAAUACACCCCACACGUAUACUUCUCAACAAAUUUUAUUUUGUUCGAAGUAAAAGUUAGAGUUUAUCCUGUAAAAAUUUAGAAAAAUCUUGCUAGAUUAUUUCUGUAAUCCUCUAUUGGACAAGCCAUAUUCUAUAAUGUCUCGACAAGCUUCUCGUUUUGACACUAAAAAAGUUUAAUUGUUUGAGAAACCAAAUUUGAUUUCACGUCUCAGUUUUACAAUAUUCAUCACAAAAAGGUGAAUGGAUAAUAACCACAAUACGACAAACAUUAUAUAUAAACAGAACAAGGCUGCGGGAAACAUUACUGUUGUAGCACAAAAUAAUCGGAAUUUGCAAAAUCAGAAAAAAAUACAAUUCAUCCCCAUGAUGACUGCAGGUGGAGCACAAAUUAUUAUUGGACAAGUUCCACAACAACAAGCUCAAACUUCUAAUGCAGCAGGAAAUGCUGCAACGAGUCUUAUCCCUCUUCACGCGAACCAAAUAAUGUUACAACAGCCUCAGCAAGCAGCUCAGCCCAUGCAACUACUUCAAUUACCGGAUGGUCAAACAAUAUUUUACCAACCACCUACAACUUCAUUGACGCUUGAUCCAAAUACAACUGCUGCUCAAGCAACACCACAGCCACAGCUUAUAAAUAUUAACGGUCAAUUAAUGCAAAUAGCUACGACUCCCACACAUCCUCAAAGUACAACAAGUGCCGCUCCAGCAGUGGGACAACAAAUAAUUAUGAUGCCUCAAGCAGGAACAACAACAGUUGCAGUACCUCAACCUGCUGCUGCAGUAUCAUCGCAACAAACAACGUCUGCCACACUUCCCAAUAGUACGGCAAAUGAUGUCACCUCAGCGGGAGUACAAGCGGAAGACGACUCAAGUAAGGGUGAAUCGGAAGAAGAACCCCUCUAUGUGAAUGCUAAACAAUAUAAACGAAUACUCAUAAGACGACAAGCUCGUGCAAAACUUGAAUCCCGUAUACCUAAGGAACGUUCCAAAUAUUUGCACGAAUCUCGACAUCGUCACGCAAUGAAUAGAGUGCGUGGAGAAGGCGGACGAUUCCACUCAGCUCAAAUUAAAGGUGAACUAAGUGCAUCUGGCCUUAGUAGCUGCGAUACGCAAAUGCAACCGGUACAAACACGAGCAUCUGUGCGUACUGCACCAAAAUUAAUCGCUCCACACCAAGGGCCCAUUCCAGCGCCAACGCCUAAUAUUACAAUUACACCAAUAAAAUAAAUGAUUUGGGAAAGUCCACAAUAAACAAAUCCAGUUUUAGUUAUAAGGAAAUUAUACUUAUAUUUAUUUUCCCCUCUAAUUAAAUGUUACUUAGAUAAAGGCUAACCGCUAUCAAUGUAACAGUAAUAUAAUUUCCUCUAAUAAAUAAUUUGUAAUCCCCAGAAUGCAGAGUUCUUAACGCUCACUUAUGGUGCGCUUGUAACUCAAAUGUUACGUGAUUUUGAAAACAUCGAAGAUGUAAAUAAACAACUUGAACGUAUAGGCUAUAAUAUGGGUAUGAGAUUAAUUGAAGAUUUCUUAGCACGAACCUCCGCUCCACGCUGCUUGGAAAUGCGCGAAACAGCGGAUCGCAUACAACAGGCCUUCCGCAUCUACCUUAAUGUGCAACCGACUAUUUCAAACUGGUCUGCCUCUUCAGACGAAUUUUCAUUAGUUUUUGAAACUAAUCCGUUGACGGAAUUCGUCGAACUGCCUACGGAUUUGACCAACUUGCGCUACAGUUCCAUACUUAGUGGUUGUAUACGUGGUGCUCUCGAGAUGGUUCAAUUGGAUGUCCAAUGCUGGUUUGCUCAGGAUCAACUGAAAGGUGACAAUGUAACAGAGCUUCGAAUUAAAUUUGUGCGACGCCUAGAAGAUGCUAUUCCUGCAGGCGAGGAUUAGGAGGUAGUGGCACUGAUUACUGGAAUAUUUCAUCGUAAGAUUGAUAGCAAAGCAUAUUAUUAGCAUUCCUGUAUUACUCUUUGUUCAAUUACAUAAGCGUGACCAGCAAAUUUUGGUUUUCAACCCCUAUAUUUUAAGGAAAAAAGCCCGCUUGCACUUCAAAUGUAAUAGAAGAUAGGAAUCUAGCUAAUAAAGCUUAAUGCGGCGAGUUAUUAUUUAUAUAAUUAUGUAUAUAUUAAAACAACAUUUAAUUGAAUUUACAAUAUUUUUAAUAAAGGUAAACAUUAUAACAAAGUACAAAGCAA